AUGGUUACCGGAAAGGGCGCUGAGGCGUUUCACCAACUGCCUCCGACGACCUCCCAGCACGGCUUCGGCGCAACCUCCCCGCCCUCGAAGCGCGACCUGGCAUCCUGGUGGAGGCAGUUCAAGAGAAAUACUCGCAAGGAGGAACCGAAGGAACCCCAAGGUAUCUUCGGCAUCCCUCUCAACGUCAGCAUCAAGUACGCCAACGUCGCUAUUUCCCUUACCAACGAUAACGGCGAGAGUUUCAUCUACGGAUACGUCCCGAUCGUGGUGGCGAAAUGUGGGGUCUUCUUGAAGGAAAAAGCGACCGAUGUUGAAGGAAUCUUUCGUCUCAGCGGAUCUGCAAAACGUAUCAAGGAUCUGCAGGAAAUAUUUGACUCCCCGGAGCGAUAUGGAAAGGGCCUGGACUGGACCGGGUACACGGUUCACGAUGCCGCCAACGUCCUUCGUCGCUACCUGAAUCAACUCCCCGAACCGAUCGUUCCGCUAGAAUUCUACGAGCGCUUUCGCGAGCCGCUGCGAGUUUACCAGAACCAGGUUCAGAAUAGCAACGGCGCCACGACGGAGUCGGACCCCUUCGACCAUGCGAAAGCGGUCGCAUCGUACCAGCAGCUGAUCCGAGAGCUCCCGCCGUUGAACAAGCAGCUGCUCCUUUAUAUUCUCGACCUUCUGGCUGUCUUUGCAUCCAAGUCGGACCAGAACCGCAUGACGUCGGCCAACCUUUCCGCCAUCUUUCAACCGGGGCUGCUGUCUCACCCCCAGCAUGACAUGGCGCCCGACGAGUAUAAACUGAGCCAGGAUGUAUUGAUAUUUUUGAUUGAAAACCAAGAUCACUUCCUCUUCGGUAUGAACGGCACCGCCGCGGAUGAGCAGACGGUGAAGGAGGUGGAGGGCGGAAUGGCGCACCGCACGGCGACCACCAGCUCAAACAUCCGGCGCUCGGUCUCGAGCGCAAGUGGUGGGGGCGAGAGUUUCCGCAAAUAUGGCAGUCUUCGCCGCAACGUGUCGGUAUCAUCGAAGAAUUCGCGGCAAUCGAACACUGCGCAGGGUCCUACGACCCCGACCUCUCUGGGUGCAGUUGGCGUCCACCGCAGUAACACGCUGCCCUCCAAAAUGUCCCCGGCCAUGCGCUAUGGCCGGGUGACGGAAGCGACCGGACUGAACACCUCGGAGCGUACAUCUGCACAACACUCGCGGUCCUCCAGCGUCGCACCGUCCGCACGGGAGGACAAUUCGCAACCGUCUGUGCCACCACAGCCGACACCGCAGCAGCAACCGCCCACCGUCACCCCUGCGCAGGGGGUUCAGCCUGCGACCGGGCUUGUUUAUGUGCAUACGUCCACCCACGGCCCAAUUCCCAAGGUCAUUCCUGUGCAACCGCCGGUGGCAGAAGCGCCCGUCCAGACCGAAAAACCAGCCCAACCGGUUGCUCAGCCGGAGAAGCCUGUCGGGCCCCCUCCUGCUCCUGCUGCUGCUCCUGCACCUGCACCCGUUUCCGUUCCCGUUCCUCCACCUACUGCUGCUGUUCCCCCUGUCACAACAGCCCCGGCACCGGCACCGGCACCGGCCCCAGCUCCAGCUCCAGCACCGGUCACUUCUGCCCUGCAGGAGAGUUUAUCUCCUCCAUCCUCUCCUCCUCAGACCGCAGUGACUCCGACCCGAGAACGGAAAAUCUCCAGUAUAUUCUCCAAAUCGCCGCCGUCAAGUAGCGACCAGAAGGACCCUCCGCGGCAGCCCAAUCGCUUAAAGAAGAAGCGGAUCCCCGGAAGCGGCCACCUCGGACCCGACCACCAUCAAUUCGCCCCUCAAGCCGGGCGACCGGUGGAUGCCAACACCGAUGCUGGGGGUGCUACACCGAGACCUCCCAACGCCACGAGCUUUGACGAUCUGGCCUUGAGACAAGAGAGAACGGCAGUCCAGCAUGAGAAUGGACAACACCAGCACCCAGCUAGCAGCAGCGGCGACACGACGCUGCGACCGUAUGGGUCGCGAACCCCGUCGAUGAAUUCCCGGUCAUCAUUCACCGACGUAUCCGACAUCGACCAAAUCGACGACGCGACCAAGACGGAGCGGAAGGAACAUCGGCGGAGUUGGCGAUUCCCCCGCUCGUCUAAACGCAGCAACGAGCAGAUGGGUCUGGGUCUGGGCUCGCCGCCCCUCAUGGCAUCGACCCCCGGGGCGGAUCGCAGCACAAGUUCGAUCGGCAGCUGGCAUCAUGCUAGUCGCAGUUCUCCGUCGGAUCUCCAGCAGUUUGCCAACGACCCCUCUUACCAGCCAUUGAGUCUGGACGCUGAGGUCAGCAAUAGUGGCAAGGAUUCGGGAAGUUCGGAGCCAGAGAGGCGCAGUCUCUUUGGGAAGUUCAAAGCCAAGGUCGCACAGGUCCGGGAUGAAGUCAAGCACUCUUCGGAGCGUGAGCGCACUCGAAGUCCCCCGGUCCAGUCUGACCCUGAAAAGUCAGCGUCCAGUCAAACGCUGUCGCCUAUUGGCAGAGACAGUCUACCCAAUCGACCCGCUCCGAUCGAAGUGGUGAAAGAACCGAUCCCGCCCCCUCAUACUAGUACUCCCACCUCGCCGCUGCCCCCAGGACUUCCCCCGGCGAUCCCCGAGGAGCCGCGCACUCCGGAAAGCCCUGUGGCGACACUGGCAACCCCGGAGCCAACACAGGAGAAUGGCACGGGCGAGAAACCCCAGCCAGCAGGGCCGGACACUUUGCCAACCUUUGAGUCUCACAAGGGAGAUGACAGCGAGACCUCCCAUUUUCUGGGAAAUUAG